AUGGAAAAAGACAACCAGUCCUGCUUGACUGAAUUUCUCCUGCUCGGCUUUUCAGAUUUCAAGUCUAUGGAAGAACUUGUAUUUUGUUUGGUUCUAAUAUUCUACCUCAUGACUUUGAUGGGCAACAGCCUGGUUUUGACCAUCACCAUUUCCAGUCCCACCCUUCACACCCCAAUGUACUUCUUCCUGUGGAACUUGUCUUUCUUGGAAAUUGGCUACGCCUCCACCAUCAGCCCGAAGAUGCUCGUAAAUUUGCUUUCAGGGAACCAGACCAUAUCCUUUUGGGGCUGUGGAUGUCAAAUGUGCUUCUUUCUUCUCUUUAUUGUCACUGAGUGUUUUCUUCUUUGUGCUAUGGCAUUUGACCGCUAUGUUGCCAUUUGCAAGCCCUUGCAAUACCCAUAUAUCAUGAAUGACAAGAACUGUGCUAACUUAGCUGCCAUCUCAUGGACCAUUGCUGCUUUUGGGAGUUUGGCACAAUCUAUUUCAAUCUUCACCCUUCCCUUCUGUGGGUCAAACAGAAUCAGCCAUUUCUUCUGUGAUAUCACGCCUGUUUUCAGAUUGACUUCCAUCGAUACUUACAAAAAUGAAUUGGCCAAUGCCAUACUAACUGUGGUCUUGGUCUUGGUUCCCCUUUUGUUCAUCCUCUUUACCUACAUCCUCAUCAUCUCCUCUAUUCUCAGAAUGCCAGUGGCCACCAACAGGCACAAAGCAUUUUCCACUUGUUCCUCACAUCUCACUGUUGUUCUCCUGUAUUAUGGAACAAUCAUUGCUGCCUACAUUCAGCCCGACUCGGCAAAUUCUCAGGACAACAACAGAUUUCUUGCCCUACUCUACACAGUAGUGACCCCAGGUUUGAACCCCAUCAUUUACAGCUUGAGGAACAAAGAGAUAAAAGCUGCUUUCAAAACAUCAAUAGCAAGGAAAUGGGUCUUUUUAGGUAGAAAUCCAGGAUCAUAA